GAGCACGUUGUGCGCGCGAACAAGUUGCCGCGGUUACGCAACUCUCGUUGAUUCUCGCACAGCACGCGGGAAACGGACGGCGAACUUGCGGUGUAUAUUCUCUCUCUUCUUCUCCCUGUUUGUAUUUUUUGUUUGUUUGCUGCUCGUCGUCACGCGGCCGUCUCAAGGACUGCUCGGACACGCGACCGGCAACGAGUAGUUUCGCAAAAAUUCUAAAGUGGACAUGCGUGUCGAAGAUCGGCCUGAAGGUGCACACCGAUGACGGAGGAGUCGACGACGAGGUGACCACCACUAGCACGGAGACACACGUAGAUACCAAUCAAGCGAUCAUGGCUAAAAGCGCUGAGAGGCUGCCCGGUACCUCCACCAGGCUGAGGACCAGAGACGACGGCUGUUGCUCCGUCAACUUUCUCAAAUAUGUUCUUCACAUUUACAACGUGGUGUUGUUCCUGUCUGGACUGGUCGUUGGCGGGAUCGGUGUCUGGACUGUGAUUUCGAAGCACAGCUACGUAUCCCUGAUGACGACCUCCACAUAUCCGACACUGGCCUACGCUUUAAUCGUCGCAGGUGUCCUGGCUGUGAUCGGUAGCUGGCUUGGUUGCGGCGGUGUAACUUCUGAAAAUAGAUGCGUUCUUCUCAUAUACGUGUUCAUGGUGAUGCUGGUGUUCGUGCUUGAGGCGGGCGUCGGAGCGUUGGCGCGACUCUACGAGGAGCAAGUCGGCCCUGAAUUGAAGAUGAAUCUUAAUCGCACCUUCCUCGACAACUACUCCGUGUGGAGCAGGGAAACAGCCGCGAUCGACCAGAUGCAGAUAGAGUUCAAAUGCUGCGGAGCCCUGAGAUUCGAGGACUGGCUGGUGAGCGAGUGGCACAAGGACGAGGAUGUCCUUAAGGAUGGCAGCGUCGUUCCCGAUAGCUGUUGCAAGACACCGACCCACCUCUGCGGAAGGAGGGAUCACCCGUCGAACAUCCAUUACACGGGUUGCAUCUACAAGUUCCUGGAGACAACGAAGGAGCACUUGAUCAUUCUGGGCGCGGUGGGUCUCGGUCUGUCGGUGCUGGAGCUGUUCGGGAUCGUUCUCGGCUCGUGCCUCUACAUAAAGCUUAGGCACGACUUCGACGACUGAGGAUUGCUUCAAGUCCGCGAGAGCAACAACAACGGCCGCUCGUGGUGCAGAUACAUGCAGAACGACACAGGAGCCGUUUGAUCGUCGCCGCGGAAGGGGCAGGAGGAACGGCCGUCGCGUCCAAAGGGGACUUGUCCCCGCUCGUCGUUCGCCGUACAGGAUUUCCUUCGUUUCUGACUCUUCCUCCGCGUCACAAAAGAGCUAGACUGCGUGAUACGUAUAUAUCCUCCCCUUUCCUGUCCCCUCCACCUUCCACAGCCACGGAUAAAUGGUUUCGACGGGGCAAAGACCGAACGAAAAGGUGGGAGGGGGGCGAUGCGUGCGCCUGGGCUACCGCAACCACGGAUGUCUUCAGAGAACUCCCUCCCCCUUCGUCGAAUCGGCUCCCUAGUCCCCGUUACGCGGGAUUUCGCGAAAUGUAAACGCGUUGAAAAGAGGGGAACCGGAUCACCGAAAUCCGUCGAAUCAAUGGGAGACACGCACGAUGUGGUCCCAAUCCUCUCCAAUUUGUCUCCCAGAGGGCGUGCUUCUGGCCCCUACUUCUCCGUUUUACCAGGAAAGGCGAGAACAUUGUCGAGCAAGAGCUGUGUCUCUGCCAACAGACAGAUCCUCUUUUCCCUCCCCAGUGACUAUCUGGAUAGCUCCAUUCUCCACCACGGGGAUGCCAUUGUCCUCGUAACUGUACCCAUGACGAAUUUAGAAGAAAAAGGUCUUCGGCGGCUGGUCCUUUCGAACGUGUUCACUUCGACGCUAUACUCCUCCCAAGGGGACUGUCGACCAAAGACCACAGUGAUCGAAAAUGUUUCGCGCGUGUUCUCUCACUCGGUGGGUGUCACGUGAUUUUUUGAAGAAUGUAUCAUGCGACGAGUGCACGGCACUCGGUUUUACUAGCGGCGAUCAUUUUCGCCCCGUUACAAAUUAAGCUGUCUCUUUGUAUACUGCCGUCACGAAUCCGCACAAGCUAAAGGCGUCUGUAGCCCACGAAGCGUGGUGUCGUUUCAUAGACAUCGGUUGCAGGCACGUUUCCAUGCUGCGUGCAAUGUAAGACGACAUUACUGAAAUUAGUAAUUGAGUAAAAUACCAUUAUUUGUUCAAGCAAUGGGAAAACAUGCAUAUGCACCUGUAUGAUCAUGAAAGUAUGCAAGAAGAAUGUAACAGAAAAAUCUUUUCAUUCCAUAGUUACUGCUUCUGUGAAUAUAAAGGUGCAACCGGAGUCAUGUCCUCUUUUACACUCGAUAUUUUUAUAAUUGACAUAAUUGAGGCGAAACAUUCUCUACACGUCGUGGACAGAAAUUUGUUAGUUCAAUGCGCGUCUGUGAAGCGACGCUUCGUGGACAGAAAGUACUCUCUAACAAUUCCUGUAAGUGAUCUUUUCCCCAAUGAUCGCUCUGAAGAGCCCUCAGCCAGUAAAAUCGCGACUGACGUACCGACGGUCGUUGUCAAGCCACGGCGCUGUUCCUCGGGGAUAAAAUCCCCAUUUGUCGAUAAAAAAGAAAGGACCACCGAAUUGUCCCAAUUUUUCACGAGAAGAAAAAGAAAAAAAUCGAUCGAAUAACGACGUAAAAUAAUCUUCCCCUAGUCCACGUUCUCCAAUUCGCUCGUUCCCAAGGCCUUUGGUUUUCGUCCUAAUUUAUUCGAUAAGGCUGGAGCCAAUCUUACGGAUCGUUCGCCCGGAGAACGGAUUAUCGACAGAGUCCGUGGACGAGGGGACGAUUCGAAUUUCGGUCGUUGACUUCGGACAGAACUGUAAACAGUGCCUUGAUGAAAUUAAUAGCGUUGUUAAGGUCCAGAGAUAUUUUAAAUUAUGGGCGAUGUAAAUCCGCGCGGAGAACGAUACGUCUAGCGUUGUAAAUGUACGUACAGUAUUUAUAUAUUUAUCUGUUGCUUCGCAGGUUAACACGAGCCUUCGCACAUUAUUUAUGACGAGUUUGUCGUGCAACGAGAGCCAGCGACGCGUUGCCUCGACGAUUGCGACGGGCGAUCGUUAUUUGUAUGCAAAAAUUCGGAUUUUAUACAUUUUGCGUCAUACGAAAUGGUAUAAAACACAACGAAGCAAAAGCUUCGUGAAGUUGAAGGGAAUGACAUUUCUACUUUAUUAUCGAUGUAAUACAUUCCUUCAGCCUCGUACGGUGGUGUCUGGGUCCAUUUCGGAACCACACAAUACAGACCAGCAUAUUUUUAAAAAGUUCCAUUCUGGACCCAGGUACCGCCGUUUAUUCGAUUAUCAAAAACGUCCACUUUCCGAGGGUUAAAUAGUGAAAAUAACUGUUUGUUUAGUUCUGGUUUUUAUAAAAUAAUCCUCGGGAACGAUAACUUUUACAAGGUUUUCUGAUAGUUUUUUUCCAAAAAGAAAGAAAUUCUUGAAGACUUGAGAACAUAACGGGGUUGAAGAAAAACCCAUAGGCGACAGCAAGUGUUAAGGUUUCGAGUGAAAUUUUCUAUCCUUUUAAAACCAAGAAACGAAGGAACAGUGUCUUUAUGUCCAACGCAUUUGACGUUGCCAAAAUGUGAUUACGCGCAAUUGUCGAUUCAGCUUCGCGCCGUGCUCGAGACAAAGUCUAAGGACAUAUUUUACUAUUGUACGAUCGCGCCAUAUGUUAUAUUUUAUUCUUAAUGUUAUUGUCUUCAUUGGUAUUACAUGUACGUGUAUUAUCUGUUAGAAUUUAGAAGAACUUUAUAAAUAUUGUACAUAUCAGACCCUAUUCUGUUACGAAUAAAAACUGAAAUCA